AAAUACAGUGUUAAUAUGUAUCGUCAAAUUCGAUUUUAUUCGAAUACACCAAAAACGUAUAAAAACAUACCUACAUUCAAAAAAUUACCAAUCAUUGGACACGGAUACUUAUUUCGACCAAAAGGUGAAUUUUCGAUAGAACGCUUAACAGAAGCUAUAAAAACGUUAAGUUCGAGAGUUGGUCCAAUAUUUAAAUUAAAUUUGAAUGGUGAAGAUGUUGUAAUAACAUUAAAUGCAGACGAUGUAAAAACAAUUGUUAAAAAUGAGGGUCAAUUACCACAACGUCCAAUAUUUCCUGCAUUAGCACAUUAUCGUAAGAAAAAUUUUCAUUGUGCGGGAAUUGUUCCCGAAAAUGGUGAAUCAUGGUUAUCGAACCGACAAUUAAUCAACCCAUUGUUAAAAUCUUCUGUUACUUUAAAAUAUUUGAAUAAACAACAAGAAAUUGCCGAAGAUUUCGUCAAUUAUUUAAUUUCUGAACGUAAUUCUAAUGGAAUUGUGGAUGAUAUAUUUUCUCAUACGAUGAAAUUUACAAUAGAAGCUAUUUCAAUGGUAUCGCCAGGUAAUCGUUAUCACUGUUUAUCAAAAGAUUGUGAACACGCACAAAAAAUCAUGAAUGCUAGUAUUGAAUUCAUGGACGGAUUAUACAAGACAUUAAUUGCACCUCCAAUAUGGAAAUUAGUGAAAACUAAAGCAUACAAAAUGCUUGAAUCAUCACAUCAAAUUAUUUAUGAAAGUAUUGAAACAGAUUUGAAAAAUAUUUACAAUCAGUAUCAAAAAAAUCCUGGCGUGAUUUCGGAAAAUAAUCCUUUUAUGUUUGAACUGUUGAGAAGAAAACAUGUGGAUUGGAAUCAAUUUGUCAUGCUAAGUAUGGAAAUCUUUUUGGGUGGAAUUGAUUCAACAGCUACAACUUUAGCAAUGUUACUACAUUAUUUGUCUCAUAAUACUGAGAUCCAAGAUAAAGCUCGGGCAGCGUCCUUGGCUGGGGAUACCAUGUAUUUGCGUGCUUGUAUACAAGAAACUUUGCGAUUAUCACCGACUGCCGGAGCUCAUGCUAGAUAUUUGGUAAAUGAUACAAUUAUAUCGGGAUAUCGAGUUCCUAAAAAGACUUUAGUUAUGGCAUUUUUGUCAAUAACGUCUACAGAUGAAAAAUACUAUGAAAAUCCAUUUGACUUCAAACCAGAAAGAUGGUUAAAUAAAUCGAAUAAAAAUAUGUUUGCAUCUUUACCUUUUGGAUAUGGUGUUAGAAUGUGUCCAGGUCGAAGAUUAGCUGAACAAGAAAUAAUAGUGGCAAUAAAAGAGAUUUUAAGACAAUUGAUUUUGAAACCAAUGGAUUCAGCAAAUAUUGGAAUGAUAUAUCGAAUGAAUCGUGUAGCGGAUCGUCCAAUAAGAAUAAAAAUAGACACAAAUACAAAUUGCUAA